GAACGUUGCGAGAAUGUGAAGUGGCGUUGAGUAGUCAGAACUACAUUCAUCAGCUUUUCUCUGUCGGAAGGACAAGUCAGCUGAUGAGCAGCCAUGGUGCUGUCUCACCUCCCUCUGCACCUCCUCCUCCUUUCUCUUUCUCCCCUCCCCCUCACAUCACUGCCGUGGAACUUCACCCAUGGAAACUCUCUCACUCCCUCCCCUGCUGUGGCUGCAGCAGGCCCCAUCCUGAAGGACAAGCCCUUUGUCGUGGUGUGGAACAUGCCCACGUCACGCUGUCAGAAACGCCACAACGUCUACCUGAACCUGGGAGCCUUUGAUAUUGUAGAGAACCGACAGCAGAGAUUCCAGGGACAGAAAAUGACCAUCUUUUACCGUGACCGCCUGGGGGAAUAUCCAUACCUCUCCAGAGACGGCCGGAAGGUGAACGGAGGAAUACCGCAGCUUGGCGACCUGGCCGACCAUCUUUCCCUUACAGAGAUGCAGAUUUCUGGUUUGCUGCAGCCAAACUUUGCGGGUUUGGCCGUUAUCGAUUGGGAGGAGUGGCGCCCACUGUGGGAGAGAAACUUUGGAUCCAAGAUGGAGUACCGGAGGCUGUCCAAGCAGCUGGUGAGACAGGCAAGACCGGAUUUGUCUGACAGGGCCGUGAUGUUGCUGGCGAGGCAAAAGUUUGAAGAGAAUGCUCGGAUGUUCAUGGAGGAGACAUUGCGGUCGGCGGUCAGAAGUCAUCCCAAGGGAUUAUGGGGGUUUUACGGUUUUCCUGCCUGCUUUAAUAAGCACAAGAGAAAGACAGAUAAGAGCUACACAGGACUCUGUCACAGAGGGACGAGAAGGCAGAAUGAACGUCUGUCGUGGCUCUGGAGUCAGUCCACUGCUCUCUAUCCCAGCAUCUACCUGCCACAGCGGCAGGCAGGAUCGCUGGACGCAGCUCUCAUGGUCAGACAAAGACUGCUGGAGGCUUUGAGGGUGGCAUCACUGUGGCGCCACAACAACACCAAACACGCCACACCAGUUCUUCCCUAUGCCAGACUGGCGUUCACACACACUCUCACCUUUCUCAAUAAGGUACCAGCUUGUUACAGCUCAUAA